GGUGCUCCUACGAACAGUUUUCUUUAUUGUAGUAACAAAAAAUUACACCUAAUUCCUGUUUUGGAAAAUUAUAUUUGCCCGCUCAUGCAGCUUAUUCCUCACCCCUCCCCCGCGAAGAAACCAUCGAACUGCGUCCCAGCCUCGAUUCCAAGCUCAUAAUGCCGAAUGAUGAUGAGUUAUUUCUUCUCAAGUUUCUUCAAAGAGGACUUUAGAGUAUUCAAGGGAAGCUGAACGCGGACGUCCGUUCAAGAAAAUGCUGUAAAGGGAUUGUGACCAUUGAAGUGAAUUCCAUAUAUGGACCGAUCCCCUGAGCCCUCAGCUAGCGGUUGCACCAGUCGAAGUCAACCUCCACAAAUGCAUAAUGCCUCGCCCUCAGGACAGCCGAGCAAAAAAGGUUCUGGUAAAGUACAUUACUACCAAUGUGCGCAUUGUGACAAGGCUUUCUUGUACAGGUCCAAACUACUUCUUCACGAGAUAACCCAUAGUGGGGAAAGACCGUACAAGUGUCCCAAUUGCGACAAGACCUAUAAGAGGGAAUCAGAACUUGUGGUUCAUCAGCGGGUUCAUACUGGGGAAAGACCUUUUCGUUGUUUAAAAUGCGAGAAGGCGUUCAAAACCAAAUCAGAGCUUGUUGUUCACGAUAGGUUUCACACUGGUGAAAGGCCGUAUAAAUGUCUCCACUGUGACAAGUCUUUCAGAACAGCGUCGGAGCUUGGUUUGCACAACAAGGUUACCUCGGGUCAGAGGCCCUUUCGAUGUCCUAAGUGCGACAGGGGCUUUUUUCGGCAGGCCGAUCUCACCAUCCAUGAGCGAAACAACUGCAAAGAGAGACCCUACAAAUGCAGCCAGUGCGAAAGAAGCUUCAAGACCCCGUCUGAACAGGAAAAACACGAGAAAAAUCAUUCUGUCGUCGAGCCCAUUAAGUGCACAGUUUGUGAUAAGUCGUUCAAAACGAAACAACACCUUGAAACCCACUCAAAAAUUCACUCUGUUUCAAAGCCUUUCGAUUGUUCAUCAUGUUCAAUGUCGUUUAGGACCUCAGCGGAAUUGACAGCUCACACCGACACUCACGGAGGUAAAAAACUUUACAAAUGUUCGCAGUGUGAUAAGUCUUUUGCCUUCAAGUCCAAGCUCUUCCAGCAUUGGGUGAUUCACACGGGGGAAAGACCAUACAAGUGUGUCCAGUGUAACAAAUCUUACGGUAGGAAGUCCGAACUUGUGGUACAUCAAAGAAUACACACUGGAGAAAAGCCCUUCAAGUGCACUAGUUGCGAAAAGUGCUUCAAGACCACAUCAGAGCUGGUUGUUCACUGCAGGACCCACACUGGUGAGAAACCGUAUAAGUGCACCCAUUGUACCAAGCAGUUCAAGACUGCAUCUGAACUUGGCGUCCAUAGAAGGAGUCAUAUUGGUGACAGACCUUUUUCUUGCUCUAAAUGUGAAAUGUCUUUCAAACGAAUGGCUGACCUGACAACUCAUAAGAAAUUCCAUCUGAUCGACCUGCCCCACAAGUGCCACCUUUGUGUGAUGGCUUUUGGUACCUCGUCUGAACUUGCUAUUCAUGAAAAACUUCACAGUUCCCUCCUUCGUAAUGGCGCGAACCACACUGCUGCGUUGCCUGGUUCAGGGGCUCAUAAAGAACAAGUGGCUCUAAGUAACGGACAGCCUUCAGCGCAAGGCGGUAUUUCUGACCAGACAUUGAAUUUAGGACAAGGGCUUAAGAUGGCACAGAUUGCCAUUACCAACGAUAAAGUGGCCUCCGCCGAAGACAGUGGAAAAUUGAACAGCGCCGAACCCGAUCUUGAUAUGGAUAAGCUAAUGAAGAUUGUUAACAAACCCUUCAAAUGUAGCCAGUGUGGAAUAGCUUUUGUCUCCACCACAGAACUGGCUGGACACGUGAGAAUCCACACCGGUCAAAGGCCAUUUAAGUGCACGCAGUGUGAAAAUUGCUACAGAACACAGUCAACGCUUGCUGUUCAUAUGAAAAGCCACGCCAAGGAAAAACGAUAUAAAUGUUCAUAUUGUGAAGUGACAUCCCCCACACUCUCAAAACUUUACGAUCAUUAUAUUCUUCAUCAGAACGAUCACACCCUUGAACGUCCUCGGGGUGGCGCAGAAGAACCGAUGAUCGUAGACGAUGACGAAAUGUUACCAUUUAGGUGCUGGGUGUGCCAGAGACGUUUUGCUGAACAAAUGGAUCUGGAUCUUCACAUCAGUUCGCAUAGAGACAGAAGUAGCACUCUGGAAUCGUGUGUUAAGAGGUUAAAAAGCGCCAUCACGGCAAAGUAAAGACAGUAACUGUUUUUGAAGAUCCCACAUCAAACAGAAACAUUGGAAAAUAGCAGCUUGAAAAUAAACGCAGUUACUAUUUACAACUUUGCGCUGUUAAAAGGUAAAUCCGUCACGUAGAUGGCAAGUAAGCAGGUUUGUUUAGAUGCAAUUUAGUGUUAUCAACUGAGUUGGUUACGUAAAUUGGCCACCGUAAAGAGUUAAAAGACUGAAGUUUCGAGCGUUAGCCCUUCGUCAGAACGAUUGGAGGAGUUCUGGGUUGUGUUUGGGUUUAUUUGCAGAAAAUGGAGCUAUGCUAUUGGUGGGAAUGGAAAAACGGCUUCCUACCGGUAGCGUAGCUCCAUUUUCUGUUUAUAAACCCACAACUCCUCCAAUCGCUCUGACAAAGGGCUAACGCUCGAAACGUCAGCUUUUUAACUCUUUACGGUGACCAAUUUACGUUAUCAACUCAGUUGAUAACACUAAAUUACCCUGUUAUACUCUCCCAUCGACGCAGCACCACAGUUUCUUUAGAAACUUACUCCCUUUAUUCAUUUUUUUUUAGAUGUGACUCAUUUUUAAAAACCAUGAGAUUCUUUUUCAAAUGCAUUCUGUGUAUAUCACCUCUUUUGAGCUAGUGUUUCGUGUGUCCGUCAUUCGAGGAUGAAACUGUUGCAGUCGUCAAAAUUCGGUAACAGUUUUGUGGUCCAAUGAAAAAAGUGUAGUGUGUAUUAUCAUUUGCAUUCUUAAAUUUUGAGCGAGAAGUCCAUAUUAGUAACCAAUGCAUUGGUACAACUGUAAAUGUUAUAGGUGUAGUUAUAGAGAUUACUCACUGAUUUGCGCUAUUUCAGCUCUUAGUCUUUUUGCUCAUAGUUGACCGAGGACUUCACCUCUCAUUAAUUCUUUGGUAAGAAAUUGGGAGCCAGCAUUCUUGUUGUAAUAAUUAGAGAAUUAAUCUAAGCCUUAAAAAUUUUUUUGUUCUUCGGAGAUUUUCCAGGCAAUUAGGGAAAUCGGCAAGACACUUGUAUAACUGCUUGAUUAAUGGGCGAUUGUUACAAAAUUCUUAAUUCGUGGCCUCGUGGUCAGUCAAGUUUACCUUCGAAACCCUUCUUCUCACGCCAAAAAAAAAAAAUGCUUUAGGUACUGUAUAAAAUGUGGCAUUGUCGAAGGUUUAAUGUACCGUUGGUGCGUUAUGCUAAGCAUUGCCUGUGUGCCCACUAUUCUGUGGCCAGCGGCGAGUAUUGAGAAUGAAGUGAAGCGCCGAAAUUUUACUCUCAGUGUUAUUGAAGAAUCCAGACUCUUCCUCAGUGGGCGCUUAGCGAGAUGCUUUAGAAUAUAUUUUUGACAAACCAAAUAUCUCGGUUUUCAAUUUUAAAAACAUAAAAGGGCAAGCAACGGGCCCAGUUUCUCCUUCCUGCUGAGUACGUCCGCCACUUUUAGUGUCGGGUAUCGACGGUAAACUUUUUGUUAGCACAAUGCGUUUUAGCAAUGUGUUUUUUCCCUGACGAUCAGAAACAAUUCAACCGUUCUUUUUUUAAUGUAUAUUUGAGCUAUGUACACUAAAGAGUGGGUUUAUUGGUGGAUAUUAAAGGCAUAAGUGAACAACGUAAUGUUGUUGACAUAUGAUAUGUAACGGUAGGUGAUAUUGUUUUGGUAAUUGUAAUUGGUUGUGUAUGUGGAUCAUAGUUACUAAAAAAUAUUUCUAAUUGAAACUUAAACGAACAUUUAGCGCUAUCGUUCCAUUUUACAUUGUGUAGAAUGUUGUUAGGGUUUGAAAUUUAUACUGAAGGAAUUCUAGAUAGUAUGAAGUUUACA